AUGCUGACUACGGUUACGGAAAACUCAUCCGAUAUUCCCAAAAUAGACAAGGGAGCUAAUAAGCAUCAAAAUCAAAACCAGAGCUUCACCACCGCCACCAACACCUCAAGUAUCAUCAUUAUCAACGGUAGAGGCAACGGCAGUACUAGCUCAAGCUCCAGUUUAAGCCAUAGCAGCAGUGGCAGCAGUUCUAGUUUCAGUUCAAAUUCGACUUCAUCAACGAAUUGCUUUUCCAGCUCUUCUAGUUUCAGCACCAGCAGCAGUAGCAAUAGCAGCACCAAAACCAGAACCAGCAGCAGCAGCAGCAUCAACGGCAGGAAAAUUCAUUGA